UGCGACGAAGUUCCACUACAAACAAUCGUAAUUAUGUUUUUCCUGUCACACAUCAUGAUAAUAUGCUUUUACUUAUAAAUGACUGAAUCAACCGAAGAAGAAUUACUAGAAGCAAUUAAAGAGUCCCUCAAAAAUGAUGGGAGACUCGACAGAUACAAAGCAGAGCUUCGCACAGCUGUUUUAUCGAUUCUUAACAAAAGUCCACCCCAAAACGAACAACCCCAUAUUCCUGAAGAAACGAAAUUAAUCAAUGAUCUGAUAAGGGAAUAUUUACAAUGGAAUGGGUAUAAAUAUUCUGAUGAGAUUCUAGCUGUAGAGUCUGGGCAAGAAGACAAUCUGAUUAUUAGAGAGGCUUUGGCAGCCAAAUUGGGAGUUNUACCUAUUAACUUCUUCUUUAAGAAGCUGUAUCCUUAA